AUGGCGCCUUCAACACUAACACCGUCGAAACGGAUGCCGCUCGAAAGACGGUCCAGCGAUUCCGAGAUAUUCUGGAUCGUCAUGACUAUUAUUAUUGCUGUUAUUGCAAUUUCCGGAAUAAUUGCCACCACUAUCAUCAUAAUAAUGAAAGUUAGGCGGCGGCCGGCAUAUCGAAUAUUCCAGCGCAGUGCUUCCAACUCAAGCAGUAGGAUACUGAAAGUCAAAUCAGCCCUAUCUAUUAGCGACAGUUUAGACCUCGAGCAUGAGUACCAAAGACAAUACAUGAUCCGGAAGUCGCUGGCUAGCCGCGCCGCCUUACACGAGACGCAUGCUGAAGUGGAAACACAGAAUGAAGACAACCAGCGCGAAACAGACAAGACUUUGGAUGACGAAGUCCAGAUUGCAGACAAGGCAGACAAGAAGAGUAACUUGAUACAAGACUGGAAAGAAUUCGAGGCGCAGAUUCGCAGGGACCAUUCAAGAUCAUUGAGGCGGCAUCCGAGCUUGACGAGGCUAUCAAGACUCCCUCCAUCGACGAGGAGGGCGUCUGAACCGUUGAUGGCGUGCAGUAGGCCGCUCAGUAUGACGGAGGAGGUGGCUGACGAAGAAGAAAGAGUGAACAAUGAGAAAUGGGAGGCCCAGGCGGAGUGGGAGAACGGUGACAAUGGUGUCGUGUCACAGCAGGAGAUUGAAGAGCUCUCCGGGGCAGAGGAAGUAGAAACAAGUACACCUAACGGAGUUGGCACAGAUGAUGGUUGUGAAAGCGACGAGGAUGUUGCCGCCGAAAACGAGAAAGUAUCUGUUGAGCAUCGCUCAACCUGA